UCUCAUUCUCUCACUCUACCCCAAGCCUUGUUGUACAACACUCGCACCCACUCACUCACCUCCACACGGUCCUGCAUGUGGCCUUCACCCGUCGCGCAUCGCGACGUCUAGUCUACCGACACGACAGAUACUGCCCCUCUCCGUCAUGUCACAACCACCACUCAAGGUAGACACGGAUACAUCGGGGCCGGGCAAAGUACCGGCUUCCCAACCAUCGGCCAUCAUCACCGUCCCGCCAAGUUGGGCAGAAUCACCCAUCAGUCACUCCAUGGAUCCAUCAGCUUUUGAACUGUCCCCAAAGGAUUGCUCCACGGACAGAUUUCGUACCGCCGGCGACGGUCACACUGACACCACACUUCCCCUCUCCUCCUCCUCAUCAUCAUCGUUAUCGGGCCACCAGGGUUUUGCUUGGCCACCGGCAGGCCACCCCAUCAGUAGGCCAGAUCCGUUUGAACGAACCAGGUCGUUCUCAGAAGAUCCUUUCGGAGCGCAGUCUAGUUCCAGCUCCUCCGGAGACGACAAUGACUUUGCGACCGUUGCCGCAAUGACGGCGUCCGCUCCCGUCAUCGUCCUCCCCCGGGGUGUCAGUGAGCAGCCUCCCUCAACGUCUGGACAGUCCUCGAGUGCCGAACGAGGGACAUUCAAUCGAGCAGUGUCGUCUCCAUUACCUAGCCGUACAGGGCUACUGCGGCAACCACUGGAACCUCGCCCACCGGCUGGUAUGAGAGUCGAUCCAGUGCACUCAGUGUCGGUGGAAUUGGUCGAUUCGCUGCAGACCGCCAUUCAGACUAUUCUGAACGUGUCUCCACCUCAUCUUCUGGAUAACGCCAAAGAACAGUACUCGGGCUGCGCCAUCCAAGUACCGGUUACAUCGGUUUCCGCUCUGCUCUCUUCAAUGCGCGGCCUCAAUUACUUGUCGGCAAAUCUGGGGACAAUGGUGGAUGGCCAAGGCAGUCCUGCCUCGGUUAUUGAGGACUUCGAUGUUGGGGAGCUCGUUCAAAAUGUGGCCGAUCAGCUCGGUGGAGAGGCCGCUCAAUCAGAGGUCGAGCUCGUUCUCUUUCACGGCGAUGUUGGGAUCAAGCACUUCAGCGUCAAUGGAGACCGGGAAGCUCUAGGUUUCGCCCUCUCUCACGUUCUCCGACAGAUCCUCCUCGUUGCCAACAAAGGAGAUACUAUUGAGCUUGGUCUCCACGUGUACCCACAGUCACCGGCGACCUCCAGACGCGACUCGCUACCAGUCUUAGAUUGGGAGGGUCAGCGGCGUCCCCAAAGCCUUGGUGGUGGUGGUGGCGGCCAUCCAUCAUCACCAAGCAGGAUAUUGCCAUCACCUCCCGCUGGAUCGGCGGACGAGCCGACGUUGUGCACUUUCGAGAUUGUCCACAACAUAUCUCAAACCAUCGACUCCAAUGCUGCAACCCCUAGGGCGGAGUUGAACCCAUUCACCAGAUUGGUGGAACAGAAGGAGGCCGCAACGCCAAAGUUCGACACAGUCCUAUCCACGCGAUUGCUGAGACAGGCUAGCGCUUCACUCAAAACGAACGCUGCACCGACUUCCCCCACCACCUUCGGGCUCGCACGACACGCCUAUGAGCUGUCAACCGUCCUGCCACCUGGCCGGCCAAUAUUGGAACCCGUAGAAUUGUCACAAGAGGAAGAGGCAAGUCGACAGCCUUACUCGGAUAUUCGCCUCCCUCGAGAGCCCACUUUAGGGGAGCUGUCCGACUUCGCAGAGACCUUGCGGGGCCGUGGGGUUCAUCUUCACGCCAGCCAUUCGAGCAUUUUCGCGCGACACCUCACAGGCUAUCUUAGAGCCUGGGGAAUUGAUGUUUCCCUCAUUCCAUUGGAGGCGGACAUUCUCCCUACCUCCCAGCCUGUGGCGGCCCCGCGGUUUAUCCUCAUUGACAGCGAUAUCGGGGUGCUUCGAAGGGAGCUAGGACGCUUGAAACUGGAAGCACCACCUUUGAAUCGCCAACGAUCGUUGAAACGGCCAAACUUGACCCGAAGCGGCAAAUCUACCCAUGGAAUUCGACAAGCGACGAUGCCCACUGUGAUUCACUUCACCGGCCUGGAGAAGUAUCGGCAAGUUCGCGACCUCCUCGCCAGCUCAGAUGUCGCCAACCAUAUCGAGGUGAUCGUGGUACCCAAACCCGUCGGCCCACGGCGCUUUCUUACCGCACUAUUUACUGCGGUGCGGCAACCCUUGGUUGAUCCCGCAUUCUCGCCAAUCGCCACGAGCCCUCGUUCCCCGAUAGUAACUACCGGCAGCCGACCUGCUCUGGGGCCAACGCAGACCGGAUUCUUCGAUGGGGUAAACGGCCUUGAUGUUCAGGCGCCAACCCCUAGGUCAUCACGGACGCCUCUGGCCGAGCUCCCACCGCCCAUGGGCGUGACGCCACGCGGAGAUGCCCUCAAGAUUCCAUUGUCGACUCCACUGGGCGACAUUGAGACCACACCAGCGGCCGAGUACUUCUCGCGUGCAACAAACGGUAAAUCCUCUGGUGCCUCGGGAGUGGUGAUGCAGAGUCCCGAUGGGCGGCCGUUUGGCAUGUUCUUCGAACCACCUGCCAGUGGUGGAUCAGCUCAACACCCUGAAGGUUUACGUCGCAAGGGUAGCAACCGAAGGCACUCCGCGGAGACAGAUGGUGGCACUGCUGCAACAUCACCGACUAGCUCUCCGGCUCCAAGCCGUCGUGCGUCCGCCAUUUCAACCGCAACAGACGACUCGGCAGGGUUGGAGGCCGGGCGAGCGCAAAUCUCUCAAUCUCGCCGCAAGACUUUGCCUGCCGCUCCAGAUGCCAAACCCAUCGUCGCUCGAGGGCGAGGCCGGUCAUCGACUAUCACCAAGCGCCACGCUGGUGACGGCUCGGCUCAACACAACGGCAAGCCGUUGCCAGACAUCAGUGAGAAGAAGUCCCUCACACGUUCCCUCACACGUGGCGCCAAGUCGGACGUCGUGGUGCCUCCUAUUAACGUCCUCAUCGUUGAGGACAACCCCAUCAACCAGAAUAUUCUGAGCAUGUUCUUCCGAAAGAAGAAGAUAAAGCACCAAACCGCGAAGGAUGGCGUGGAGGCUGUCGAGAAGUGGAAGACUGGCGGAUUCCAUCUAAUUUUGAUGGACAUUCAACUACCUGUCAUGGACGGUAUUGAAGCCACCAAAGAGAUCCGAAAACUCGAGAGAGGUCAGAAUAUUGGCGUCUUCCCGAGUACACCAGUCAGCGAUCAUGCCAAGUCUGCAAUCGACACAGCACCUCUAUCGCCUUUCCGUUCGGCGGUCAUCAUUGUCGCCCUGACCGCAUCCUCUCUCCAAACCGACCGAGUGGCGGCUCUUGCAGCGGGCUGCAAUGAUUUCUUGACGAAGCCCGUGUCACUAAAGUGGUUGGAGAGGAAGACGAUCGAGUGGGGCUGCAUGCAGGCCCUCAUCGACUUUGACGGAUGGCGUCGGUGGAAGGGCUCCGACGUGCGAGACCCAGCAGAGACCAAGCUGGCCUUCCAAAUUGGGCCGCAAGCAAACGCACGAGCGGUUGCUAGCCGCUUGCGAAUCGACAGGUCCAAGGGUCGACCCUCCCCCACCGGAACACCACCGGUUGCAGCACCUCCGGCACCCUCACCGCCAGCGGCGGUUAAAGAGGACCCAGAGGACAAGGUCAAUCAUAAACAAUUGACCGAGAAGCCUUUACCGGCACUGCCAGUUGAAUAGUUUCUAGACGUGAAGUGCAAUAGCAAAUACCCCUUUGUACCUUCUAGGAAUCAUGGAAUCAGAAGUAUAUGCAUG